AUGAACUUUGUGCUUGUAGGUAUAUUGUGCGGACUUUCAGUGGUGCGGUCAGAGGAGGUGAGAGGAGUGGACCCAAAGUUAAUUGAUAGAUAUACACCAGAUGCAGAUGGAUUUUUUCAUUGCUUGAAUGAUUCAUCAAUUAGAAUCCCAUUCAAUCGAGUCAAUGAUAAUUACUGUGAUUGUCCGGAUGGCUCAGAUGAACCAGGUACAUCGGCAUGUGCAAAUGGCCGAUUUUAUUGCCGGAAUAUAGGAUUUAAAGGUAAUUACAUUCCUUCUGCAUGGGUAGAUGAUGGAAUUUGUGAUUAUGAUUUAUGUUGUGAUGGUUCGGAAGAAAAAUCAGGAAAAUGCGAAAAUAGAUGCCAGGAGUACAACAGGAAGUAUGAGCAAGAAAGAAAGAGGAAUAAUAUGAUGGUUGAUAAGGGGCUUAAAGUGAAAAGGAAGAUAAUUGAAGCCUCGCGAAAGAAGCACAAACUUCUAAAAGAACAGGUGUCAAUGCUCAUCGAGGAACAGACUAAGGUACAAAGUAAAUUGCACACUUUACAGGAGCAAAGUAAGAAGAUGAAUACAGAGAACAGAAAAGCUGUUGAUGAGGCAUUUAUGGGAUAUGAGGAGAAGCUAAAGAAUAUAAGUGAGAAGGCGGAUAUUCAGGACAAAAAGGUGAAUGAGCUCGAGACAAGACUUUUUAAUUUGGAGCAAGCCCUUGAAACUAUGGUUAAGGAGUACAACCACAAUUUCAACGACCCUGCAGUGAAAAGAGCUGCGAAAAUAUUUCAGGACUAUGCGGCGAACCAAGAAAUUUUGAAGGAGGAGGAAAUACGAAACCCGGACACUCUUAAUGGUGAAUUUCAAAGUUUAGAGAAACUAUUUGCCGAAUCAAAGAUGUCUGUUGCGGAAUUACAGAGGCAAUCCACGCAGUCUUUAUCCGUGAGAAGAGCCGGAUGGAACAAACGGUUUAAAGCAACCAUUGUGAACAUGGUAGAUUCAUUUUUAGGCGUUCAAAGCAAGAAAAGUGUACAGGAUACAACUGAGAUGGAUAUGGAAACUGUGGAGAAAGAAGUUGAGGAGGCAGAAAAGCGUGCAGAAGAGCUUAAGAGCACACUAGAACAGAAACAGAAAGAACUGGGAAAAGUAUACGGGCCUGAGGAUAUUUUACGGUCGAAAGAUGAUUGCAUCGAGAAAAAGCUUGGAGAUUAUGUUUACAGGAUGUGCUUUAUAGGGGAAUUUGUGCAAAAAGAUAGGAACAGUCGUGGAGUUAGAGUUGGAAGCUACGAAUCAGCAGAGUAUGAUGAUGAGCAACAACAGUUGGUGAUUAAGUAUGGAGGAGGUGAAAAAUGCUGGAAUGGACCGAAAAGAUCGGCAGAAGUGAGAGCAAGCUGUGGAGAUAAGGAUGAAAUUCUAUUUGUUAGUGAGCCUGAGAAGUGCUCGUAUAUCUUUGAGAUGAGGUCGCCAAUGGCAUGUACAGAAAGCCAGAAAUACUAA